AUGGCAAAAACCUCUGAAACAAUUGCCAGUAUUCAGCUGAACAGUAGCAAUGUGGCUGUUGCAGCAGCCUUCAGCAAAGAUGUCCUUCUGAACUGGCUUAAUGGAUACAAUUCUGGGGAUGACCAAGCCAUAGAGGAGUUUACUGUGUCCUGUGCCAGCUACUGUUUAGUUUCUUAUGUCCUUGGGAUUGGUGACAGAAAUAGUGAUAACAUCAUGGUCAAGAAAAUGGGUCAGCUCUUCCAUAUUGACUUUGGACAUAUUCUGGGAAACUUCAAGUCUAAAUUUGGCAUUAAAAGGGAGCAAGUGCCUUUUAUUCUUACCUAUGAUUUCAUUCAUGUCAUUCAACAAGGAAAAACAGUAAACAGAAAAGUUUGGUCAUUUCUACCACAGCACGGGAAUCUCUUCAUCACUCUAUUCGCACUGAUGUUGACUGCAGGGUUUCCUGAGCUUACAUCAGUCAAGGAUAUACAGUAUCCCAAGGACUCUCUUGCUUUAGGGAAGAGUGAAGAAGAAGCACUCAAACAAUUUAAGCAAAAAUUUGAUGAGGCACUCAGGGAAAGCUGUACUACUAAAGUGAACUGGAUGGUCCACACAGUUCUGAAAGAUUACGGAUCUUAA